UUCAGCUCAGUUCGGUAAAUAUGAACAGGCCCUUAAUGUUAAGUUUAAUUGAUAAACUCUUCAUAUACAUGAUAAUUUCCCUUGGAAUGUAACUCCUUAAUAAUUACAUAAUAAUAAAGUUAGUAAGAAAUUAAAAUAUUACUCCAUUUUUAUUUUGUGCAUUAACUCAUAAAAUUGUAAUCAUAGGGUAAAAUAUUUUUGUGCAUUAUGGAGUAGUAUAUAUUUUGACAUUAAAUUUGUAAAGAUUUGAUUUAUAAUAUUUUUAUGAUUUUAAUGUAAAAAAAUUAUUCUUAUAAUCAAACCAACUCAUACAAAUAACAAACUAGUUAAGCUAUCAUAUUAAAUAAAUUAAUAAAUAAACCACCACUUAAGCUCUCAAUGACAAACAAGCCAAAAUAUAUAUAUAUAGUUCGAUUAUAGUAAUAAAUUUAUAAUGACCCGGGGCAUCGUCCGGGCCAAUAACUAGUUUAUUAAUUAAAAAGGAAAGUAAUGCACCCAAAUUGAAAUUUUCAUUUACUUCGUAUAGAAAUUUAAAAAGUGAUACUCCAUCUAAAAAAUGGUGGAAGUAAUUUAUCCAAAGACUUUGACUUCUUUCUCAUAACAACCACAUUGAAUUAAUCAAGAUGACCUACAUUCUGCAAUCAUGCAUGUAAAGACUUUUGACUUCUUAAUUUAAGGACUAAGGAAGCAACCACGCAUUCACACGGGGCUGCCUAAGGUCAACCAAAUUAAUUUAAUGAUUGGAAAAUGGAAGUGUUCUUUAUAUACUCCACAACUGGUUGCAUAAUAAUUUAAAUGUUAAUGUGAACGAUUAAAUAGAGUUUGGUGGACAAUUUGCAAUAUUGUAACUUUGUAAGCUGUUGAUCUUUUCUUUCAUUUAUGUCUAUUUAUUGGCAUUAGUUUAGCAGAGCAAAAUCACAGAAAAUAUACCAAACAUUGCUUUUUUCUUGGUGCAUUCCACAAUACAAAUAAGAACACCUAAAUACGGUUUCUUUUUUUCUUUUUUUUUUUUUCCUUCCCUUUUUUUGUUCCUUCAACCCCUAAAAAAAAAAAAAAAAAAAAAACAGAGAGAGAGAGAUGGAUGUUGCAAUAGUUCUCAAAAUAGUGGACACUUGUUUAAAACUGGCAGAAUCUACCAUGGUGAAAGAAAUAAUGUCUCAUUGGAAAUACCAAACAGAGCUUGAAAAAAUAGAAAUAGCCAUAAAAACCAUAAAUAUGGUUCUCCUGGAUGCUGAAGAGCAAGACCAGAGGCACUCAAUGCAACACAAGGACCGACACUGGCUCAAGAAUCUCACGGAUGCUGUUAAAGAAGCAAAUAUCUUGUUCGAUGAGGCUGCUACCAUAGCUUACCGCAAACAACGUAAGCCUGGUGGUAAACUGAGCAAGGAGGUAUUCCUUUUCUUUUCUUCCUUUAACCAACUGGAUUUUGCUUCUACUAUGUCCCAUGAGGUCAGAAAACUUAUGGAGAGUUUAAAUGACAUUGCUAAGAUUCGUCAUGACUUUGCCUCUCCAUCACAGAGUAGUUCAGGGAAUAGAACGAUAAUUCCAAACAAAAUGAAGGCUAGUCCCUCUUCGUUACUUGGAAAGAAGGUUAUUGGAAGAGAUGAGGACAAGAAAAAAGUGUCUGACUUGUUACGUGUUAUUCAGGAUUUUUAUUUUAUUUCAAUUGUUGGGAUUGGGGGAUUAGGGAAAACCACUCUUGCUCAAUACGUUUACAAUGAUACGGAGAUCAGAACCAAGUUUCCAUUUAGAUUGUGGGUUUGUAUUUCUGAUCAUUUUGAUUUUGAAACGAUUCUCCGGAAAUUGUUGCAGUCGGUAGAGCCUAAGAACUAUGACCACCUUGAGAUAGAAGCACUAUGCUGUCAAGUUGAACAGCACAUAUUGAGUAAAAAGUUCUUGCUUGUUUUAGAUGAUGUGUGGAAUGAUACUUAUGCGAAUUUGAAGGAACUAAGGGACUUUUUAUUGACAGGGGAAAAGGGAAGUAGAAUAAUAGUCACUACACGCUCUAAGACAGUUGCUAAACACAUGGGGGACGUAAUAUAUGAACUUGAGAGUCUAUCCGAUAGCUGUUCAUGGGAAUUGUUUGAGGAAUGGGCAUUUACAAAUGAGGACCGGAUGAACAAGAGGCUGGUUGAAAUUGGGAGAGAAAUUCUAACAAAGUGUGCCAAAGUUCCCCUUGUUAUAACGACCGUUGGAAGCCUUCUUAACGGUGAAGGUGAAAGGAAAUGGAUGUCUUUUAGAGACACAGACCUAGACAAAAUCAUGAAGGAGGACAGUGAGGAUGGCAUAUUCAAAGUGCUUAAGUAUAGUUAUGACAAACUUACAGCACCAUUAAAGCGCUGUUUCAGUUAUUGUGCUAUAUUCCCUAAGGAUUAUAGGAUAGACAAGAAUACUUUGAUUAGUAUGUGGAUGGCACACGGUUUCAUAGAGCCAAAACCUGGUUAUAGUGUUGAAGAUGCUGGAGAGGAGUAUUUUAUGAUUUUGUUGCGAAGGUGUUUCUUUGAUGAUAUUGAAAUAGAUGAAUUGGGUGAGAUUACUUCAUGCAAGAUUCACGAUCUAAUGGAUGAUGUAGCUAAACUAGUAGCCGAAGAAGACAUACUAGUAGUAGAUUCUAAUGUAAGCCAGUUGAAGAUAAACGCUAGGUACUUGUCUUUAGGCAAUAUUGACGUCCAAAGCUUUACGGCCUCUGUGGAUCAGAUGAGACACCUGCAUACAAUAUUUUUAUCAGGGAAGAAGAAAGGUACUUUUAACCUUUCAUUGGACACUGAAACAAUAUUACUAUCCAAGGCAAAGUACUUGCGGGCUUUGACCUUAUGUCAAAUGAGUAUUAAAGCCUUGCCUAAAACAAUAAGUAAACUGUAUCAUUGGCGACAUCUUGACUUAUCAAAUGAUGAACGUUUAGAGCAUCUCCCUAAACAGGUUUGCUUGCUACUGAACUUGCAGACAUUACAACUAAAGAAUUGUACGAUGUUAACAGAGCUGCCAGAGGACUUGAGUAAACUCGUACAUCUUAGGGAAUUGGAUAUAUUGGGUUGCUACAAUUUGACUCAUAUGCCAAUUGGGUUGAACAAUUUAACCUGCCUUCAUAGGCUAUCAAUGUUUGUUGCAAAAUACAAUCCCUCAGGGUACACUUUUAAAGGCAAGCUAUAAGACUUGGAAGCUCUUACAAACGUCAGGGGAAGUCUUGAAAUUAGUCUUAAUAUGGAUAGUUGUUAUUUCCCCCCACCCCCAGGCUCCAAAUAUGUCAAGGGUAUGAAAUAUCUCAAAGAACUUUCUGUAUUAAGAGGUACAAAGGAAUUGCUUGAAGCCCUUCAGCCCCAUCCUGAUAUUAAGAGCUUCCAAUUGUGUGAGUAUCGCGACGAUAUAUUUCCUAAUUGGGAAUCAUCAUCGGACUUGGAGAAAUCCCUUCCCAACCUUAUCAAGUUCUCCCUUGUAAGCUGUAAUUUGCAGCAUAUCCCUUUGUUGGGUCGACUGCGUUAUCUUAAAGUCCUUAAACUCGAGGGAUUACGUGAUUUGAAGUACAUAGAAGAGAGUACGGAUGAACAAUCUGAAUUCUUUCGGGUCCUUGAGACACUUCUUAUAACAGGUUUACGUGAUAUUAAGGCAUGGCAUAGAGACUGCUCCACUCCACAAAAGUUACACCCAGUAUCACAUCAUUUUAAUCAUCUCUCCUCGAUGCGCAUAUUUGGGACCCAUUUAACCUCCGUUCCUCUGAGUGCUAAGUUGAAAAUACUGAAAUUGGUUUCUUUGAGUGGUUAUCGAAGCAACCACCACAAUCAAUUUUUUACUCAGUUUGACCAAUGGAGACCUGAUAUGCUACUUAUAAGACUAGACAUCUCAUGGACACUGAAUAGUUUGUCAGAGGUAAUAGAUGGGGAUUCAUUUUGGAGCCGCCUGUCCUCCCUUGAGAGGUUUGAAAUUCGAGAAUGGAAGUAUCUAAAGAGUCUAACUGGAGUGGGGUUCCAGCAUCUUACUUCUCUCCGGAUUCUUAGACUCGGGGAUUUACCGGAAAUCGAACAUGUAGAAGACGAUACGCCUUGGAAAUCACUUACCAAGCUCUGCAACCUGCAUUUGCACAAUCUUCCUAAACUGGCGAACCUCCCACAGGGGAUCCAACACUUAACGUCUCUUCAAUCCCUUCUAAUCGUUGAAUGCCACAGAUUAACAGUAUUACCACAAGCCAUCCUUGACCUCACUUCCCUAACUACACUUACUAUAAAGAAUUGUCAAGGCUUGAAGGAGAGGUACCAAUCGUCGAACGAAGAAGAUUGGUCCAAGAUACAACACAUCCCUCAUUUUUCUAUUGAAUAGUGCCACUUCAGCCUGGUGAUACAGAUAAAAGCAUGUUCAAGUCUGCUACAAUAAAGCAUGAAAUCAGUAGAUGAUUGACAGCAAGCUAAGAAGGCUAGCUUGGACUGCGUUGAAGACAACAAGUUCCAGCAAAAUGCUAGAGAGAAGAAAACAACAGGAAUUCAAUCCCGGUCUGCAAAGAACCUAAGUUCCUAUAUACUUUACGAAGCUUGAGGGCAAUUCAGUAAUAAACUUAAAAGUCUUUUAUUAAGGUUUUGUUAAGUUCAUUUUUGCUAGGAUUACUGUAAAUAUGUGUUGGUUAAUUAUGCAUGAGAUCUAUUAGAAACGUUAUAAAGCUUGGCAAGCUAAGUACAAUCGGAAGUAUUAUAAAAGAUAAUAUUUAAUUUUUGGAAAAGAUCUU